AUUUUCAUCUCUUCAAAGGCAUUUUCCCCUGUUUUGUUUUCUUUUAGCAAAAUCGAUGUGGGAAUUUUAAAUGAGUUGCUAUGCAGCAACGUCACGCCAUGUUCUUCUUUGCAGUUUUGGUGGGGUGGCGCGCACCCACAGCGCCACUUUGUGUUCAGACCUAAAAUUACAUUUUGAUCCAAUAAAAAAGGUAAACAAUACUUUUUCAGUACAAAUUCUCCGUUACGGCACCGAAAUAGAAAUUCCAGGAACUUAUACUAUAUUUGAGUAUUUAUUUUUCUGACAACUUUUUACAACGUAUGACACUGUCUGUAGUCUCUGUGUAGCAACGACAAACAGUAGAGCGCAAAGGUCAAGUUUAAAGUUCAUCCGGUGAUGAGUGUGUGCCUGUCACAGAGUACACAAUAUGAUCAAUGUGUGUGUUUGUGUGUGUAUUUUGAAGAUUUUUGUGUGAGCGGUCGCCAUGGCCACGCUCGGAUCGACGGCGCUGCUUCGCUGCCUGCUGUUGUCGGCCAUCUUGGUGCUGGUUCUCUUCCUCACCUCCGUGUGGCUCCCUCAGGGUGGCAUUGGAGACUGUGGCCCUGGACACUUCCCAUGCCAGACGCAUAGAACAACGCCUCAGCCUCCAUUGGUGGAGCCUGACGGAGCACCACCCUUCAUUAAGGAGUGCCCCGGCCAGUCUUUUCAAGCGUGGCGUCUGCUGCGCUUUUUGACUUCCAGUGUCUCAGUUGCCGACGAUGUCCUCCUGGAACCGUACCUGCAGAGCUGGGAUCAACUGAUCAUUUUCAUGGAGUCUCUCGGACCCGUGGUCUCGUUCUUCUCUCAGAAGGUCAACGAGAAGAUGGAUCUGAUCCGACAGCUGGCUCGCACACAUGGACCGAAGGGAGGGGCAUACCGCUCAGUGCGCUCCAUGGUGGAGGCGGAGCUACAAGCGGGCGUGGUGGACUUUUCCCGCCGCACCGAUUCGGGUUGUCGGACGCUGCUGCGUUUGCAUCGAUCGCUGCUUUGGCUCGCUAUGACGCUGGACGGUCUGACGCACGAGCCCGACCAGCAAGGGCGCCUCAAGACGCCCGGUGAGCUCAGCAGGGACGCCUACCAGGUGGCGCUGGCCCCGCACCACUCGUGGGUACUCCGGCAGGCCGCAGAGCUGGUCUUCCUCGCUCUCCCGGACCGGGAGUACUUCCUGCGACUGGUGUGCGCCCAGAGUCAGCACGAGGCGGAACCUGUCCUGCGUAUUCUCAUCCGCGCUCUAAAGAGGGUCCACGGUGCGACCCAGAGCAUCCUGGAGCAGCACGCCAUGCUGGACCUGCCCUAAAGGCGCCCCCGGAUCUUACAAAGGGACGAAGUGUCGCUCCGGAUGGAUGAAGAAAGUAAUUUAUUAAUUCUUAAAUGGACAUGCAGACAGGAAACAUUCACAUGUACAACUGAUUAACAAUCAAUAGCACAUAAACAUCCCUCGUUGGUCUUGA